GAACUGGUCAGUUGUGUUGGAUGGACUACACCAGAAGAACUGUUUUCUGGGGCAGAUGAUCACUUGGUGUUGAAAUGGAACCUGAACACAAAUGAGACGACAACACUGGUCAAGUUGCCUGAUGAAGUGUUUCCCACAGAUAUGCACUGGUUUCCAAAGGCUGCUGGAGGAGGCAAAAAGGCAGUAUCUGACCUGUUUGUUCUGACAUCAACAGAUGGAAAGUUUCACCUAAUCAGUAAGACUGGCCGCGUUGAGAAAAGUGUGGAAGCACAUAAAGGUGCUGUGCUGGCAGGGAGAUGGAGCUUUGAUGGGUCAGCCUUUGUUACAGCGGGUGAAGAUGGUGCUGUAAAGAUCUGGUCUAGAAGCGGAAUGCUGAGAUCAACACUCACACAGAACAGUAUGUCUGUAUAUGGUGUUGCAUGGGGACCAGAUUCAGACUCUGUGCUUUUUACUAACGGCAAACAGCUGGUCAUCAAAUCUAUGCAAGCCAAUGCUAAGCCAACAAUGUGGCGAGCCCAUGAUGGAGUGAUUCUGGUGGUGGACUGGAAUCCUGUCAAUAAUCUUAUCAUAUCAGGGGCAGAGGAUUGUCGCUACAAGGUUUGGGAUACUUAUGGUCGUGUGAUGUACAACAGUUUCCAGCAUGACUACCCAAUUACAUCCUUAGCUUGGACACCAGAUGGAGAACUUUUUGCUGUUGGCUCCUUCAACACUCUUAGAUUAUGUGACCAGGCUGGGUGGUCGUAUGCCUUAGAGAAGCCUAAUACAGGCAGUCUGUUCAAGCUUUCAUGGUCAAGUGAUGGCACCCAAGUGGCUGGAUCUGGAGGGAACGGUCAGGUCCUCAUAGCACAUGUCAUAGAGAAACGUUUGGAGUGGAAGAAUUUUGAGGCAUCAGUGACGGGGAGUAAACAAGUACAUGUCAGAAAUGUAAUGAAUGAUGCAGUAGAAUCUCUGGACUUCCGUGAUAGAAUCAUCAAACUGUCGCUGUCAUUCAAUCACUUAGUCGUGGCGACGUCCACACAAUGUUACAUAUACAGUGUAAAGAAUUGGAACACACCAAUGAUAUUUGACCUUAAGGAAGGCAAUGUGUCACUGAUUUUACAGUCAGACAAGCAUUUCCUGCUGGUGGACAAUGCAGGCAUUUAUGUCUACUCGUAUGAUGGGCGACUUGUGUGUUCACCUCGGUACACGGGCAUGCGAGCAGACAUCCUUAAUUACCAGACAGUCUCAAUCAGUAAUGACACAAUAGCCAUACGAGACAAGGCUGACGAAAAAGUGAUAUAUGUAUUUGAUGCUCAAAACGGAAAACCUCUUGGAGAUGGCAAACCAAUAACUCACAAGCUAGAGGUGAUGGAGAUUGCCCUGGACCAGUGUGGACCAGCCACAGAACGACGUCUAGCCAUCAUCGACAAAAAUCGAGACUUGUAUCUCACCCCUGUUAGAGUGUUUGGUACGGAACGAAAGAGCAACAAAUUAGGUAAUAUGAUCCAGUCAUUAGCAUGGAAUGAUGCCUCCAACAUGCUGGCAGCACUGGCUGAUGGGAAGUUUACUGUAUGGUAUUACCCGAACACCAUCUACGUUGACAGAGAUUUGGCUUCUAAAACCAUCUUUGAAAAAGAGGCAAGCGAGUUUGGCAAGAAUCCUCAGCUGAUUCAGUUCAAUGGUAAUCAUGUGAUCAUUCGACGAGCAGAAGGGUCGAUUGUCAGCACGUCCAUAUCUCCUCACCCCUGUAUACUUCACUCCUAUGUACAGUCAGGUCGCUGGGGAGAUGCAGUGCGGCUCUGUCGUUUUGUCAAGGAUGAGAAUUUGUGGUCAUGUCUGGCUGCUAUGUCAGCAUAUGCUAAAGAACUGAACACUGCAGAGAUAGCCUAUGCUGCUAUCAAAGAGGCUGAGAAAGUGCAGUUUAUUGUGAACAUCAAGGAUAUUCCAGUAAAGGAAGCAAGGAAUGCAGAGAUGGCGUUAUUGUGUGGUAACCAACAAGACGCAGAGGCUAUCCUUCUACAAGCAGGGCUUAUCUUUAGGGCCAUUAUGCUUAACAUCCAGCUGUACAACUGGGAUAGGGCUUUAGAGUUGGCAGUAAAGCAUAAAACACAUGUAGAUACUGUACUAGGAUACAGACAGAAAUACCUCGUCAGGUUUGAAAAGAAAGAAAACAACAAACGCUAUCUACAGUAUAUGGAAGGGAUUGAGGUGGACUGGGAGAAAAUUGAGGCUAAAAUGGACAUGGAAUACCAGAAGGAAAGAGAAAGGCCAACAGUUACAUCCACAGCUGGGUCAGCUAAGCAACGACAGCCACGCCAUGAAACAUAGAAAUAAUUAUUUUAGUUCAAACCUUACACUUGUGACACAGAACAAUGUUUAUGGCUUAAGCAUUAUAGACGAUGAAACAGCAUCAAUUUCCAAUUUUAAGAAAAGAAAAAUAUCAUCAAUUUAUAUUAUUUUAAAGUUCAUGGAAAUAAAUUGUAUUCUUUUUCGAGGACUGGAAAUUAGCUGAAAUAGUAUCUCAAUAUUGAUAAAUACAUGAAAAACUUCAAUAUUUAUUAAGUUCUUUAUCAGCUUUUUGGCUGUUGAGUCCAGAUACACAUCAAGUAUAUUUUUGUAGCAUUUCUAUCUUUGCCAAGGUUUUUCCUAACUCUAAAGUCACUUAGAUGGUGUGAACACUGCCAGGGAAGGGAGAUGGAAAUGCUGAUGUUCCUGCAUUGGUGUUUUAAUGUUUCAUGAUCAGUGAUACAAUAAACUGAUAUAUCCAGUAGUAGAAAGGAUCUGUGAACUUGGUAAUGUUAUCUAUGUCCAUCCUUUUCCAUUCUGAAUUAAUGUCAUUUAGUGUGCAAAAUCAAUCUUUUAGGAAUUUUCAAGACAGAAAGAUAAAUAGCUAGAAUAUCUUUGAUGAAAUUGUAUUUCAGGGUUCCAAGGUCAAGGUCAACAUAACUUUCGCAUUUCGUUUUCUUUUCCUGAAAUUACGAAAGAAUGCUUUGGCUUGAGAUUAAAACAUGCAAUGGAUGAGUGUUCAAGAAAGGUUGUGUAUUGUUUUAGUAGUCAUAAAGAACUGGAGCCCUGUAGGGCAUGAGACUUGUAAUAAUUGGUAUUAUUAUUUAUUUGAAUAUUUCUAGAAAUUGUAACUUUUCUCAAAUUGGUCUUUUCUGGAAGUAUUUUUAUCUUAAUAUAUGAAAUAUGUAAUUGGUUCACAACAAAACACCAUUAUAGUGUAGAACUCCGUCCUUUGUUUUAGAUAUUGAAACAUUUUGUGAAUCUUUUCCUAUGCAAAUGUUACUGUAUAUGUAUGACAUGGCACCUCUAUUUAUAUGAAGUCUGGUUACAUAUUAAUUCAUUUGUUUGACUGUUAGUGAUUUCAUUUGUUAAUUAUACAUAGUCAUAUCAGAAAAAAUUUUCAAAUUCAGUACUGUAUGUACUUGUACUUUGUGUGUGGAAGUUGUUGUUAGUGGCAGAAUAAUACUCCAUUUUUCUGGAGUAGAGCAGAAUCUACUUUAGUAGCAGUGUGCAUCAAGUGGUUUCAUACGACCUUAAGAUCAUGCCAUGAGUUUGAAAAUGUUCAAAUUCAAAUUUUACAUACUGUAAUAGAAAAUUAAGUAUUCGGGUCAGUAGUAAUGUAUCAGAAUGAAUUCAGAGUCUGGGGUUUGUGUGCCACAAAUCAUCCUCUGUCAUAUAGGCCUGAAAAAAAUCUGCAGUCGAAAAAAAGAAGGGAUUUUAUAAUGUGUAGGCACUUAUUCAAAGAAGUGUUUGUUUCAAAGAUUUUUUUUAUCGUGUACUGUGAUAACUUCUUUUGUUAAGUGCUGUCAGAUACAAAAGCGUGUGAAUCAUGUAUAUAUAUAUAGUAUUUGGUUGUGAAUGUUUAGGUGAUGACUUUCAAUUUCUGUAUGAAAGAAACAGGAUCAAGAAUUCAAUACAUUCCGUCCACUGAUAUAAUUUGAACACAUAGAAAAUAUACGCCUUUGUUGGAACUGGGUACAUUCUGUAGAUAAACCUUGUUCAUCAGGAUAUUUAUCAUUAUGUACAAUCUGCAAUGGUAAUGAAAACCAAAUUUCCACAAAAAUGUUGAGCAAGUAUUUCUGUUUUUUUUUUUUUUUUCCCCAGUGUUAUUUGACAUCCAAACAAGAGUAGGUAAUUAUAUGUACCCUUCAAUGACUCUUCACUGGAUAUUUUUUAAUGAUGACAAGGUUUUACUGUAGUUCUGAGAACCUCUGUUUGUCAUGAUAACAAGCUGUUUAAUAUGUAAGUGAACAUUAAUUAUUUUGUGAACAAUAUAAAAAUGACAUUAAAAUAUUUUUAAUUAAAAAAGAAAUAAACACAUUUGUUUGUAUUUUU